AUGGCAAAGUAUUGGAUUUACUCAAAUGGCCUUGUUCUCACUGCAAAAUUGCUCUCAAAUACAGAAGUAACUUUGAAGGAAAGGAGUCUAAAUUAUGAUCCUGAAGUAUUAUGGAGAUUUGAGGACAAUCGUAUAAUUUCUGAAUAUAAUGAAGGAGCAUUAUCAGUAUCAAGAGAAGAUUCUCCAAGAUGGCGCUAUGAUCAUAGUACUUCAGUAAUUUCAUGUGAACAGUAUGAUGGUGCAUUGACUGUAAUGAAAGAUGAAAAUAACCAGCCUUAUCCUGCAUUGAGACCUCUCGGCAAUGGUGAACCUCAGAAUUUUAUUGUGUCAAAAGCCACGCCUUCCGCUAAUAUUUAG